UCCUUCAGUCUUUGUGGAUCCGGUUACUAAUGGCAAACGCGGCCAGUACCCAAGACCUUGAGAAGGUUGAAGUGAAAGUCGACAUCUCUGGUAAAACCGGUAUUGCAAUCAGCAAUAGGGAAAGUACUUUUGAUCACAGAGAAGACGUCGGACUACAAGAGCACCAAAAAGGAUCGUGGGGAUUGGUCGUUUGUCUUGGUGCCUUUUUCAUACAGUUUUUUAUGUUAGGAGUUCAGAACUCUGCUGGAAUCAUUUAUACAGCCCUCGUUGAUGAAUUUAAUACACCAAGGGGAGUUACAGGUGAGGUUUUAGAUUUUUUCUUUUUUAUGUGGAUAGCUUGGGUCGGGUCCCUGGCAACAGGAAUGAUGUUCUUCUUAGGACCUCUGRCAACAUCACUAUGUGAGCGCUACGGAUGUAGAAUCGUUGCCAUUACUGGUACCAUCUUCUGCAUUUUUGGUUUGGUCUUUUCAUCCUUUGUUAAAAGUGUUCCAGUCCUUUUCUUCACUUAUGGCAUCAUGUGGGGAGCUGGUACGAGCAUGUGCUAUUUCCCGACAGUCAUAGUACUGUCCAAGUAUUUCAAGACACGGUUGGCACUUGUAAACGGCAUUGUAUGCUCGGGCAGCGGUGUGGGGACAUUAAUGAUGGGUCCCUUCGUUCAGGUUCUUCUCUUACGACUUGGAAUUGCAAAUGCUUUUCGCGUCAUUGCUGCCAUGAUGACGCUGUUGAUUUUAUGUGGAGCGACGUUCCGUCCUUCGCCGGCAGCCGCUUGCACUGACAUGAUCAACGACCACGACGCCAAGAGCAAAAAAAAGAAAAGGAAAUUUUUCGACUGGGAAAUUUUCAAGAACAAAGGCUACGUUGUGUGGUGUGCCUGCCUUUCCAUCUUUGUGCUUGGUUACUUUGUUCCAUUUGUUCAUUUAGUUCGUCACGCUGAAGACAUGAACACGAGCCCUACUAAAGCCUCUUUGCUGAUCGGCUACAUGUCUAUUGCUUCGACUUUUGGUCGGCUUCUUUUCGGAAAGAUUGCAGAUUUCCCUUGCAUUAACAGGCUCCAUCUCUAUCAGUUUGCUUUCCUCGUGAUGGCUUUAUGCUCCAUUUUUGUAACAGUGGUUAAAGACUACGCAGGGCUCGUAGUGUAUGCAGUAAUUUUUGGAGUCUUUGAAGGUUGCUACGUCGUCCUGUUACCCGUCAUCACGAGUGAUAUCGUUGGUUCUGAUAAGCUUUCUUACGCCCUUGGCAGCAUCUUUACUUUCAUGGCUUUUCCGAUGAUGCUAGGACCACCAAUAGCGGGCUGGAUCUAUGACAUAACGAAAGACUACACAGCGGCAUUCUAUCUAUGUAGUGCAACAUCUUUCUUGCCUGCUUGCUUGAUUUUCCUAGUUCCCAGUCUUACUCCUCCAAGAAAAGGCACACCUUCGAGCUCAAACUCUUCAACCCCAAGAAGACAGGAAGUAACAACGAGCGACAUCGAGUCAAAUGAAAGCGGAAAGAUUGUGAAUCAUGAGCCAAACGAGAUGCUUCGUUCGUAUUACGGUCCUGGUCUAUUAAAUGAGAGAGGGUGCCUUUACGAAGCUCCAAACUAUGAAAUCAUAAAAGCGUUAACUCUGCAAAAACUUUAGACUGUAACUGCAUUUUUUGUAUUGCCUCUACAUUUUGUUAGCAUUCCUGCAUGCCUGCCUGCUGUCUGAUUUUCCUGCCUACUCAGUGCAUGUGAGGUGUCUCAUCUACUUCUGCCCUGCAACAGUAACUCCUGUCCCACGUCCUGUCUCUUUCUUAUUUUUCCUGCCAAAAACUUGUGUCUGCUUACUUGCUUUCCUCCAGCUGUUUUUCACAAUGCAUUGUCGGCUUAUGUUGCGACACGAUUAU